CCCUAGUUUUUGAAAACCUAACCCUACCACCUUUUUUACUCAUAUUUCAUCAUACUGCUAGUCGUUGUAAAUGGCUGACAAGGUACAACAAAUGUCAUCAGAGCACGGGGUGAUGAUUUUCAGCAAGAGUACGUGUUGUUUAUGCUACGCGGUCACUAUACUAUUUCGAGAUCUUGGUGUUGAUCCAUAUGUGCAUGAACUUGAUCAUGAUUCUGAUGGAAAAGAUAUGGAAAAAGCUCUUAUGAGGAUGGGUUGUAAUGCCUCAGUUCCAGCAGUUUUUAUAGGGGGAAAAUUAGUUGGAUCAACAAAUGAAGUUAUGUCACUUCAUCUCAAAGGAUCCCUAAUUCAACUCCUCAAGCCAUAUCUACCUGAUUAAAAUAAAUAAAUUCGAGAAUUGGAGAGUGAAAUUAUUCGCCUGUAAAGGGAAAUAAGAAAAAGAAAGUACUUUAUGAAUUAGGGGGAUAUAUAAUAUUAAAAAGAAAUUUAAAGGUUAAAAUAACAAACGAAUAAAAGUUAGUGGCUCGAUCGACUAAUGACACUAGUCAUGUAGAUCAAGGUCAUGGUUUAGUAUAUGAUCAAUGUUGUAAUAGUUUUUGAUUAUAUGUAUUUUGUGAGAUAUUAAUUGAUCCUAAUUAUUAGUCA